UCCCGAUGGAUAUCCUGCUGGAGAUCUCGGCGCGCUCCGACCCGGUCACCCUGGUGCGCUCCGCCGCCACGUGCAAGGACCUCCGCCGCCACAUCGCCGAUCCAGCCUUCCACCGGCGCCUCCGCCUCCGCCAUGCAGAUCGGUUUGUGCCCAAGCUCCUCCGCGGCUUCUUCAUCCAGAACCUUGACAUGGAGGUUAACGAGCACCCGCGUUUCCUCGACACCCACCACCGCGAGUCCCCGGAGCCGUUCACCUCCUUCCUGUCAGAGUACGACACGCUCUUCCACUUCUACCGCCCCGACCUGGCGGCCAGCCACGGCCACAUCGCCCUCCGCGCCGACUCCGAGAUCUGUGGCAUGUGCGUGUUCAACCCCAUGACGGGCUACCUGCACAUGUUUGGGCCGCCGCCCGCGAUCAACGUCCCGUCGUACGCCCUGCUCACCGGCGACGGCCACGGACUGUACCGCCUGCUCGCCGCGGAGCUAGCACCGGGCCGUCUUAGGACCCAGGUCUUCUCGCAGGCGUUCGACAAGUGGCUGGCCGUCGAGGAAACCACCGUCGCUCCCUGCCCUCAGGACGCCUCGCUCUUGGGCCGUCCUCUCGUGCUCCAGGGCGACAUCCACUGGCUCUGCAGGUCCAGCGAGUACCACUUCAUCCUGAGCUUCUCCCCCACGCAGGCGGCAGUGUCCGUGAUGAAGUUGGAUGGCAGCUGCGGCGAGAUGCUCAUCGGGCGCAGACCGCAGGAGCUCCUGCUGGUGUCGGACGGUCGUCAUGGGAGGCAGCCGCGGCUGCUGGUCGCCGCCGGGCUACAAAUAUCGCUAUGGACGUUGUCUGACUCCGACGACUCCGGUGAGGCCAGCUGGUCCAUGCAGGUGCUGGUUGAACCGCAGAGGAUCCGGCGCCCUGCAGAGUCGUGGAGCGAGAGGCUCGAGCUGCGGUGGUUCGGCGACAAGAGUGGCUUCGUGUUCAUGCGGAUGGCUGGUGCGGAGGAACGCUCCCCGUCGUGGUAUUUCGCGCUUGACCUGGCGACUAAGAAGGUCCGCAGUGUCUGCACGGGCGCACACCACGACGUGAUCUGCUUUCCCUAUGAGGUGGAUCUCUCGUUUUGGCAACCAAGUUUCCCUCGUCAACUGCUAUCGGCCUAG